AUGGACGAGUAUCACAUCAAACACACUCCCUGGUACCAGGCCUCCGUCGAAGCUUUUAUCGCCAAGGCGAUGAAACAGGACCUUACUCGUCCCGAUGACCCGAACAGCACAUCCAACCCAGAUAUGGUCGUUGCAGCCCGACUGCGACCGGUUUUGGAGGAUGAAGUGGCUGCUGGUCUCAUCCGGAGCGUAUUUCCCCGGAAGAGCGGAAACGGUGCCAUCGACAUACACCAAAUUCGCAAGCACAUCAAGCCGCUUGGGCCACCAACACUGAUUUCUACAUCAGUCCGCCUCGACCGAGCUUACGGCCCGGAAGACACCUCCGAGCAGAUUUAUCAAGACUUGGUGCAGCCGCUGGUCCCCUGGGCAUGGGGUGGCGGAGUUAGUACAAUGUUCGCCUACGGCCAAACAGGCUCCGGCAAGACCUUCACUGUCAGCGCCAUCGAGAAGCUGGUCGCCCAGUCACUUAUGAGCAAAGAUCUUGAGGGUGAGCGCAAAGUGUAUGCGUGCAUUAUCGAGCUAGCGGGCAAUUCCUCUUUUGGUAAGCCUAUCGAAUUUGGUCUGGCGAGAAGCAACCUGAGCUGA